AUGGUGGGAGCUGGCGGACUGGGUCCCCACUCCUUUCGGAGCUCAGCCAAGUCUAAGCCCAAGGGAGGGUUCUCAUGGACCCCAGGAGACAGAGAGGGGCUCACCCGGGAGACGGAGCAUCGUCACCGCAGGACCACAGCCGGCCGCCUCCGUCAGGGCCCCUCCGGGGAAGCCAGCACGGUCUCCCCCUUCCCCCCCGGCCCCGGGGCUCCAGGCCUCCUUCUAGGGGAGGAGCAGGCAGAGGAGGAGGAGAGAAACGUGGCCCUCGCUGCUCCGUCUGAGGAGCGGUACCCAAGUCCACUCCUAAAACUGUGCUCCACCAAGGGGCUGACCUCGGAGACCCCACAAGCCUCCACCAGGGCUCCUCAGAAGGAGGAGCCUCACCCUGAAGUCACAGCCACCCCACCAGGAGGGCCGCCCAGCUGGUGGGGCGUCUCAGAGAAGACGCGGGUCUGCACAACAGAAACGCCGCAAUCUGGUGUACAAACAGGUCUCCCCAAGCAGCCUCCUGCCCAGCUGAAACGCCAGCCUCUCACCCACCUAGUCGGGACCUCAGGAGGCAAGGAGAUGACACCCGAGGACUGCUGUUCUGCGUGCCAAGCAGCUGACGCACAUCACUUUCUUAAGCUCUGGCCUGAGGAGGAGUGUGACGCCUGUGCCCUGGACCAGAGAAGGACAAGCAACCACAGGCAAGGGCUCGUGGCCGCUGCCUGCUCUCCUAGCCCCUGA